CAAUUAUUCUGACGUUUAUGACUGCUGAACUAACCUAAAAAUAUUGAGAUCUGAAUUUCUGAAGCUGAAGAAUGAAUAAUAUAAAAUUAGAAAAGAUUAUUUGUUGAAAAUUUUGCACACCAUUUAUUAUCAUGCAAAAUAAACCAGGGACACCUUCAAAGUUUCAACCUUUACAGCUUCCUCAAAGUCCUGUUAUAAAUUCGCCAAAUAAAAAUUUAACUGGUUCACCUAGAGUGGUUAGAGACAUUGCGGCAGACGUUUAUAACACAAUUCAAAGUUGGAACUCUUUUUAUAUCAAUGGAGCCCAAAUUGUCAAACAAAUAGCAAUUUUAAAAGCAGAUAACAUAGAUGUAUAUUCUACAGAACUGGAAGAAUACACAAAUGCAUUGUAUACAUGUGUUCAAGGUUUAAAACAAUGCGACGAGAAAUUGCAGUUGUGCAAACAUCAAAUGUGUGCAUUAAAAAAAGUUGAAAGAAAAUUAGAACCGCUUUUUAUAUCACUGAAUAUAAAUGAUAUUGUGGAUUUAGUUAGUACUAUUGUUAAUUCAUAUGCUGAAGAAUUUAAGGUGAAAGAAAUGGUAUUAGAAAAUAUUGCACAUGCCAAAAAUAAGGAUGAAGUGAUGUUUUUUGCAGCCUGCUGGACUCUUCAGCCUAACAUAACUGAUCAGACUAAUCUUAAAGUUGAGGCACUUUUAGUAGAAACGGGGCAUAAGAAAGCUAGUUGAGUGUAUUGUUCCAUAUAUGUAGCAGUAGCUAAAAUUUAUUGUCAUUAAAUCAUUGAAUGAAUGUCAAAACAACUGCCAACUGUUCAAAGACUGUUAAGAGAUUAAAAUUAGCCUUUUUAAA